ACGUCCCAAGCUGAUGAUGAUCAGAAGUACAAAAUCAGAAUAUUAUAUUCUGAUAUGGUGAUACAUCUGAGUGAGAGGAUUAGCCCAGAUAAGAAAUUGACCUGGCUGAAACUUUUGACAGCACUAGACCCAUUGUUACCUGAUGAACUCAAUGGUGACGACAUUUUAUAUAUUGGACAAAUACUUGAUAAGCUGAGGGCAAAAGGAAAAAUUGAUCGUAUGAGAGGCUCCUUUGAGGAACUCUAUUACGCACUUCGUAAAGUUGAUGUUGAAGCAGCCGGGGUUGUUAAUGAGACUUCAAUCAAGAUAAAAGCACUCCUGUCUGAAGGACCACCGGCAGCAAAGAAACCUGGAACCGAAAGAGAUGGAAACCAGAUUAGAGCAAAAAAAUUGGCUAUUUCGACGCAUAAGCAAAUAAUUGAGACACAGGAAGAUUCUGAAGCAGCAUUCAUAGACUGUAAAGUGGAUCCUGUACCAAACAGUAUUGAAUGGAAAAGAGACAAAAGAUCACCACCAGAGAAAAGAGUUGUCGUUGACAAUCAUAAAUACUUUUAUAGUGUGGAAGUGCCAACACUUGUGAUAAGAAACCCAAACAAACCAGUGGAUGAAGGUUACUACCAAUGCACGGCAGAAGCCAAUGGAAAAUCAGCAGAUGGCGAUGUUGUAAAACUUAAAGUGUCAAUUCUAGCUGAAAGAUUAGCGCGGCAAAAAGGAUCAGAUUGA